AUGAGCUUUACAGUAUCCAAUCCAUGGCGCGAUCGCAUUCUCAAGGGUCAAGUCUGCUCAGUGAUGAGCGUCAAAUAUGCCAUUACCAAUGAAAUCGCAAUGAUGGCCAAGGUGGCAGGCAUGGAUGGCAUGUUUAUCGACAUGGAGCAUUCGGUGAUGACCAUACGCGAAGUCUCACAACUUGUGACAGCAUGCAAUUAUGUUGGAGUCAGUCCGAUUGUGAGAAUACCUUCAAAGGCACAUUGGCACCUAAGUCGGGUACUGGAUGCUGGUGCGGCUGCAGUGGUAAUCCCACAUUGUGAGACCGUUGAACAGGUCCGGGAGAUUGUGAAAGAUGCCAAAUAUGCACCGCUCGGACGUCGUGGGUGUGCUGGCAACCAGCCGAUUCUCAACUUUCAAGCAGUGCCGACAUUGAAACAGAAUGAGCUUUUGAAUAUGGAGACCAUGGUUAUCCCGAUGAUCGAGACACCCGGUGCUGUUGCACUGGCUGAUGAGUUCUUGGCGAUUCCUGGUGUCGACGGUAUCCUGGUUGGCUCCAACGAUCUUUGCACCGAUCUUGAAAUCCCUGGCCAGUACGACAAUCCAGUCUACAUCGACUCAGUGACGAAGGUCGUGAAAGCAGGAGUAAGAGCAGGCAAGCCUAUUGGCAUUGGUGGGAUAGGGGGACGUCUCGACCUCCUUGAGAAGUUUUUUACCAUGGGAGCAACUUGGUCGCUUAGUGGAGCAGAUGGCAGUAUGUUACAAGCAGGCAUGCAACAGCUCGGGAGGAUUUAUGCCGACAUAAAUCGCCGUGUUCAAAGCUCAAGGAAGGCUGUCGAGCCUCCAGCAAGCAAAAAGGAAGUUGUGAGGCGUAAAGAAGACAGCAAGGGUGCAUGCCAAACGAGGGUAAAUGUGGCUGAAAUUUCAGCGUAA